CAGAUAUUUCCCGAUUGUUCUCUCUUUUGCCUUUUCUUGUUCCUGAAAUUGGCCCGAUUCUUGUACCUCUGCAAGCCGGUGAUCGUGGCCCGGCCUCAGCUUGAUUGGCCCUCCGCCGUUCAUCCCAUCACCACCACCUUGUCAAUGUCAACAGCCAUGGCUCCCUGCAACAUCGGCAAUGGAAGCUGUCCUUACCCACGCCCCGUCCGCGCCCACGAGCUGCCCAACUGCCAAGUACCGCGCUUGCUACCUACUACUUUUGAACCACUCCGAGUGCUUGCAUCUGACUUCGCUUCCACAGUUUUGAACGGAUGCUGUCUCCGAGACGAAAAGACAUGUGAUGACACAGUGGGCAACAACCGCCUCAUGGAAGCUUUUCCGUCUCAUGGAUAGAAUCCUUCUUUUCUGGCAAACCCACCUGCCGUCCCAAGACAAAAACGGUCCGCACACCCAACCUGGGGAGAGACAAGACGGAUGGGAUUGGGCGUGGCAACCAAGCUUUUGGUUGUUUUCUAUCUGCCCGUUGUUCUGCAUAUUCCAUUUCUUAUUAUCAGUCACCCCCCUGUUCACCACCACCACCGCCCCCCGGCAGUCCAAAAGUCAAUCUGCCGCGCCUGUUCACUAUGCCGCGUUAUGAUUUGCGCUGGUUCAUCAACUGCUAUUAUCCUGCAUGCCUGUUUCGUCGUGGGAUCCUCGACGAGCCCUGUGGUUCAGAUUCAGAUAGACGGACACGCCCCUCUUUUCCAUCUCUGCCCUUCCCUUCCCUUGUGCCCUUUGUUUCUCAGGGAGGCGGGACAGACACAGACACAGAGAUAUGUCAUAUUCGCUUCAGUUGCUACUGCUUCUCGCGUCUGACGCGGUCAAUUCGGCUACGUCCUCGCCUAUCUCAACCGCAUCUCACGUGGCGAAAGACCGAACCGUCACCUCCAUGUUGCUUGGUGGAGGUAGGGCCUGCAAGCUGGAGUGUGGUGCAGCGGUCGGUGAUGGUCGCCUGCAGUGCGGCAGAACCAGAGAGCCAGCAACAGGCCUCGUCUCCCGGAGCCCCACAGACCGGUGCCCGGACGAGGUUGCCAAAACUUGAUAGAGGGUCGGCGUUGAUAUUGACAGAUAUUGCGUGCGUUUGCGAGUUUGUGGGGUAGAUAUUGGAUGGCAGCCAGGGGCCUUUCCUGGGACUCGCUCCCUCACGGCUACACAUUCGAUGCACGAGUUUCAACGGUCAGGCGGGAUUUGCUCUAGUGGGCCAGUUAUUAUCCUCCCUUUUUAGCCAGAUUGCUGAUACUACCGUUGCGCCAAUGACGAUGGCCCUUCCAGUUGUAGCCCAUCUAUGCCAGGCCAUGGCUGGCGUUCCACAUUCGUUGUGCCCUCUAGGGCCUCGUCUAUCUGUCUGGGGACAGGCGUUGCUGCUUUGUCAAUCUGACCAAAUUCCCAGAUGGGAAACCGUCAAUAUCUCAACCCCCCCGAAAAGGUUGUCACAGAACACACGCCCGCCGGCCCUGCAUGCCAGCCCCGGGACCCGCAUCGCCUGCCCACAGAAUCCACCCCUUUAGGGCUUGACGGCACGGCCGGUGAAGCGCCGCGUACUCCCCAGCGUGAGAGCAUCGUGGAGGUCGUCAGGCAGUCCUGGAGGCCGGCUGGCAGCCAUGGUGACCCAAGACGGGCGGAACUUGCCAUCACCAGUCUGGCAGGGAUAUGGUGGAGUUCGAAGUGCCGUGGACGCCUGGCUUGUAGCUACCAAGCUCCUCCAUGUGACGCUGAAGCAAUCAACUUUUCAUUCUGGUAGUCUAAAUGCCCCCCUGCCAUGUUUUCAUCCAAGUCGGCUCCGUGUAUGGGAGUACCGACUUGACACGCUCCACUCAACCUCCCCCGUUUCAACAAGCUGGCGGGGAGCCCUGCUGGCCACGGUGGCUUGCGGGAAGACUAGAUAUACACCAGGUUCCCAGAGUGAUAUGGGUUACUCAAGGAAGGUCUAGACCACGGUCCUUCUUUUCAAGUUUCGGUUCUUGCUCUCGUCCUUGUCCCUGGCUCCUUCUUGCUUUGCUGAAGACCCCUAGCUUGUAUAAAGCAGUUGCUGCCCGCCCAUCCUGCCCAGCCCUGCUUCUAUCUUUGCCUCGUCCGCAACCUCACCCAGUGCUGCCUUCUCAGCAACUCCACUUGCUCCUAUAACCUCAGCUCCGUGAUGGCCGGACCGCCCCCAAGUACAGCGACCGGAGGCGGGCAUGGAGACACGGCCGCCGGUGGCCAGGCUAGCCAUGGGCCUAGCAACCCUGCCUACUAUGCCAUGUUCGCCGCAAGGCAGAAGGUGUCAGAACAGGCAAUGAGAUACUAUGCGGCAGGGAUCUGUGGCUUGAUCGCCGUCUUUGUGCUUUUCCACUGGACACGUCUGCUGGUGGUAAAGCUGGAGAGAUCCAAGAAGCCUCUGGGAAUGUUUGGCCGUCCUUUCGUGGCAACCUCAAGACUCACCAGAAACCUUCUGGUCAGAAAGGUUCCUGGCUUCAGCUCGGCCGGGCAUGCAAUUCUGGUUAUUGUGUACUUGGCACUCAAUCUGAUGGCCAUGUUCAUUCACGUCGAGACCAACUCAUUGUCCAACUUUGCGGCACGAUUUGGCUGGAUGGCUUUGGUCAACCUCGCAUUCCUCGUCUUUCUAGCCCUCAAGAACACGCCCCUAGCUUUUCUCACAGCUUACUCAUAUGAACGACUCAACUGCCUUCACCAAAUCGCAGGCUACACCAUGUUUACGCAGAUGGUUCUGCACGGAGCCAUGUACACGGCCUUCUUCAACAGCCAAGGCCGCCUGUUGACCAAGUAUGCCGAACCGGGUGAGAUCGCAGCCAUCGUUGCAGGCUUUGCUUUCCUCAGUGUCGUAUUCGCAGCGGUCAUUCUUCGGCGCUUCUGGUAUGAGUUGUUCUAUGUCACUCACAUUACCUGCUGGAUUGUGGGCAUCGUUGCAACAGGCUUCCACCAGCCCGAGUUCACCAAGCCAGCAUACAUCAUCACACUCCUUGCCGCAUCGAUGUGGGUCGCCGACCGCAUCAUCAGGAUGUCUCGAGUCUUGUACAACAGCGUCAACAACGAAGCCACUCUCUACCCUCUGCCCAACGGGGGAACCAAGGUCGUUCUUAAGAAGGUUCCGGCAAGAGCUGAACCAGGAAAGCAUUGUUUUAUCUGGUUGCCCGCUAUUCGGAAGUUGGAGACACACCCCUUUACCAUCCACCGCGGAUCGCCUGUCGAGUUCACCGUCAAGGCUCAGAAUGGCUUCACACGAGAUCUUCACAACUAUGCCGUUGCCAACCCUGGUGUCUCAGUAAAGGCAUCGGUUGAUGGUCCUUAUGGCACCUUCCCUGACCCCAUGGAGUUCGACAAGAUUGUGCUUAUUGCUGGCGGUGGCGGUGCUACCUUCACAUUUGGUUUGGCAGUGAAUGUUCUGGAGCGGAUGACAGAGGAGACUCACAAGAAUAUUGUUUUUAUUUGGGCAGUUCAAAAGCACGAGAACCUCUCUUGGUUCAAGGAACAGCUCGACCUCUUGCGCACCCACGCUCACUCAACCAAAGUCAACGUCACCCUCUACGUGACCCGAUCCCCCACCUCGACCUCUGACCUUCCGAGCGACGGGCAGAACCCGCUCCUCCAAUCCAGGUCGUCAUCCUCUGAUAAUGAAGUGGCCUCACCGCCACGGUCACCUAUUGAUACCGAUACGGAGAAGAACGAGCCACGUAUUCCAGCUCCCACGCACCGACGGCCACUGGGGGAUAGGGACCCCGAGAAGGAGAUGCACGAAGCCAUCGAGACCCAUGUCGAGCAUCAGAGCAGCCGAUCGUCAGGCAAAGAGAUUGUUACUUCGGCGUCAGCGCACCGGUUUGAGCACCCAAUCAAGGAGGGUCGUCCAGAUGCGGCUUCAUUGAUCAGGGAUGCUGUCAACAGCACACCGGCUAACCAACGGGUUCUGGUGGCUGCAUGCGGGCCACAUGGGUUGAUGAGAGUGGUCAGGGAUACUACCGCGAGGUUGAUCCAUGGGGAUGGGCCAGGGGUUGAACUGCAUUGUGAGCAGUUUGGGUGGUAAAAGAGGGGUUCAUAAAACUGAAGCUUUUGUUCUGACUGACAAAAGUGCUUGGAAGGGAUUGUUUUUUUUUUAAAAAAAAUUGGGUCAUGAUCACGUUCUUUUUAUGAACGAAUUCCUGGAGUUUGGAUAUAUAGGUGCUUUUGUUUUGUGUUGUUAUUCUUUGGCCCGAGAGCAAGAGCUUGCAGGUGGAUUGUUUAUCCCCAUUGCUGCAACCUUUGUUUCUCUCUGGCACCGUUUAUCUCAUUGUUUACUUUUUGGUUGGCAUGGAACUGGCGUUCUCAAACACCACUUUUUUUUGUUGGUCUGGCUCCUUGGUACCGGCAGGGACUGCUGUAGAAAGGAGGUGGACGAUGAAAAAUGGACGCCACACACAACGAACUUAUUCGGCAACGGAUAGUGUUUAUAGGGAUAGUGAGAUGGAAUGUGAAUGAGGGAUGAUAUGCAGAUCGAUCAAUA